GAAAAAAAAAAAAAAGAACCCCGGAUAAACCGCGUCUUUCUUUUUUUUUUUUGUUAUCGUUAUUUUCAUAAAUGAGAAGAGAUGUCCGUAUUCUUCUUGUUGGUGAUGAAGGAGUAGGUAAAAGUACUCUUAUUGCCUCACUGAUAAAAGAGACUUUUAUUCCAAACGUCCAACAUCUUAUACCCGAAGUCACCAUUCCACCAGAAGUCACCCCGGAAAAUGUAACUAUGCAUAUCAUGGAUUCUUCUGCUCGACCAGAAGACCGCGAACAACUAGAGACAGAGAUACGUAAAGCACAUGUCAUCUGUAUUGUGUAUGCUAUUGAUGAUCCUAAUACAUUCAAUCGUCUUUCGUUAUAUUGGUUGCCUUAUAUACGAUCUUUGGGUGUGAAUGUGCCAGCUGUGCUUGUGGGUAACAAGAUUGAUUUACGUGGAAAUGAUGUUGCCAAUCAAAGUUUGGAAGAUGAAGUGAUACCUAUCAUGAAUGAAUUCAAAGAAGUAGAGACAUGCGUUGAAUGUUCAGCUAAACAACUAUUGAAUGUAUCUGAAGUAUUCUAUUUUGCUCAAAAGGCAGUAUUGCAUCCAACAGCUCCAUUGUAUGAUUCAAGAGAACACGUAUUAAAGCCUCAAUGUGUAGAGGCAUUAAAACGUAUCUUCAAGUUAUGUGAUACAGACAAAGAUUUGAUAUUGAAUGAUGAUGAACUGAAUGAAUUCCAGAGAAAAUGCUUUAAUGCUCCCCUACAGCCUCAAGAACUUGAAGGUGUCAAAGAUGUCGUUCGAGAACAUGAACCUACAGGUGUCAGUGAUGUGGGUCUUACAGAAACUGGUUUUAUCUUUUUACAUUCAUUAUUUAUACAAAGAGGAAGAUUGGAAACAACAUGGACUGUACUUAGGAAAUUUGGUUAUGGCGAUGAUCUUUCUUUAAGAGAAGAUUUCCUUUUACCUACAUUCGAAGUCUUGCCAGAGUGUUCAGUUGAAUUAAGCCCUCAUGGCUAUCAAUUCUUUGCUGAACUGUUUCAAACAUUCGAUCAAGACAAAGAUGGCGCAUUGAACCGACAUGAGCUUGAUUCACUCUUUAGUACAUCACCCGGUAAUCCAUGGGCCAAUACAGGCUUCCCUCAUACCACCAUCACAACCGAAACAGGUUCAGUCACACUUCAAGGCUGGUUAGCUCAAUGGAGCAUGACCACCUUAUUAGACCAUAGAACAACACUCAAGUAUUUAGCCUAUCUUGGAUUUGAAGGGGACACACGUACUGCUCUCAAGAUCACGAAACCUAAACGCCUGGAUCGUAAAAAGGGUAAAAUUCAACGCAAUGUGUUUUCAUGUUAUGUGUUGGGUGCACCAGGCACAGGCAAGACAUCGCUACUGAAGAAGUUUGUUCAUAAGCCAUUCUCUGAGAAAUAUCAGCCUACAACAGAACCCUUUCAAGUGGUCAAUUCAGUUGAAAUGAAGGGUGCUGAAAAGUAUCUUGUGAUGCAAGAGAUCGAGUCGAGUCAAGUACAAGAUGUUUUAUCAAACAAAAGAAAACUAGAUCAAUGCGAUUUAUUGUGUUUAGUGUAUGACACAAGUGAUGCGAAUUCAUUUGAUUAUGUGGCCACAUUAAGAGAAAAAUACAGCAUAGAUCAUAUUCCUACUGUGCUUGUCGCUACCAAGUGCGAAUUAGAUCUUGUCACACAAAGAUGUGAAAUUCAACCUGAUAUUUAUUGUAGAAAUCUAGGUCUUGCUGUUCCUCUCAGUGUAUCUGUGAAGGAAAACCAAAUGGCUGAUUUAUAUCAUAUUUUGACUGGUGUUGCCAUGAACCCAACAAUUGCUACACCGGGUUCUUUUGAAAAAAGCGAUAAACCAUGGUCAACAAAGAACUAUUUGACAUUGUCCUUGGUUGCUGGUGUGGUGAUAUUGACAGGUUUAGUGGGAUUCAAAUUCUUAAAGAAUCAUGGUGUCUUUUCUCAUCAUGGCUUAAGUAGUGCUGCUGCUUCUGCUGCAUCAAAAAAGAAAGAGUUUUUAUAAAUUCUUGUUCUCAAAGAAAAAAAAAAAAAAAAAAAAAA